AUGGGGACUGAACAAGAUUAUUAUUCAAAAGGAUUUGAUAAAAGUGUUUCAAAUACUCAUGCUUGGAGAACGGCUGGAAAUAGCUGCGCUUACGUAUUAAAACAUUUAAAAAGCACUGACAAAAUACUAGACGUCGGAUGCGGUCCUGGAACCAUAACUACAGACCUGGCACGAUAUGUCCCGUACGGAGAGGUUAUAGGUGUUGAGCCGAUACAAGAAUUUGUAGAUCAAGGAAACACCGAUAGCUCACAAUUAAAUCUUCAAAACUGUCAUUUUCAAUUUGCUAGCGGAGAUAAUCUUCCAUUUGACGAUAACACAUUCGAUAUUGUCCAUGCUCACCAAGUACUGUUGCACAUUGCAAACAGAGUAGAUGUGCUAAAAGAAAUGAGACGAGUAGCAAAACCUGGAGGUCUUAUUUGCAGUAAAGAUGCUGACCUUGAAACCUCUCAGGUGUAUCCAGCAAACCUUUGUGAAGUGUUAAAAUCACAAUUUCUGGCAAAAUCGAAACACUCAUCAACACAUCCACAAGCUGGAAGGCAUCUUCGACAGUGGGCUAUUGACUCUGGCUUUAGUCCGGUGAAUAUUUUAUCAAGCGGUUCUCUUUGGUUUAUUGCAAAUGAAGAAGAUCGCAAAUGGUUUGGAAAUAUGUUUAAAGAUCGCGCUUUACAUUCUAAUGAUUCGUUAGUCCCCUCUAAUCCUGAGGACGACUUAAAAAAAAGACAGGAGGUAGCACAAGCUUGGGAUGAGUUUAUGAGAAACCCAUCCUGUUGCUACUACUUGAUGCAUGGUGAAGUCGUUUGUAAAAAAUAA